AUGCCCUUUGGUCUUACCACGGCCCCCUUGGUUUUUACCAAGCUGCUUCAGGUGGUUGUGGGCUAUUUACACAGUCGCGGGGUAGAUAUCCAUAUUUAUUUCGACGACUCCCUGAUGCUGCAUCUAGAUCCAGAGUCUCCGAGUUGCAGCAUCAGGUCAGUCUUGACUACCCUUCUUCGCCUGGGCUUUAUCCCUUCUCGAGAGAAAUCCGAGGUUUUACCCUCACAGGACUUUGUGUUCCUGGGAAACCGUUUCCUUACGGAUCUCGGCUUCGUUGUUCCACCUCAGUCCAAGUUCCAGAAGGCCAAGGAAUUGGUUCUUCUGCUCAACAGUUUGGACUCUAUUCAGUUCAGGUGGUUUCGGAGGCUUCUCGGAUUUCUCAACUCCCUUUCGGAUGUUGUCCCUCUGGGUCGGCUCCAUAUUCGACCUCUUCAGAUGUACCUACUGUCCAAAUGGAAACCGGCCUCUCAGUGGGAUGUUCACAUUUCCUUGGACAAUUCAGUGAAGGCGUCAGCAAUGUGGUGGGCCUUGGAGAGCAAUGUCCUGAGGGGCGUCUCUCUUCGGAGAUCACCCCCUACAGCUUCCCUGUAUACGGACGCAUCUGUGAUGGGUUGGGGGGCCUACCUCGACGGUCAUUGUCGUUCGGGUGUCUGGCAGGGAGAUCAACUCCAGGAGCAUAUCAAUGUGCUGGAGAUGAGGGCAGUUCUGCUGGCUAUUCAGUCUCUGCGUCUGUUGCUUCAGGAUCAGUCCAUCUGUCUGGCUACAGACAAUGCCACAGUAGUAGCUUAUCUGGAGAGUCAGGGAGGGACAAGGUCUCACAAAAUUUGA